GCGUCCAUAGUGCAGGGGGGCCAAUAGCGAAAGUGCCUCCAAAUAUCCACCUAUAAAAACACACAACGCCACUCAGAAGGCAUCCAGUUCGGUUCCCGACUUCGACCACCGUUCAAGAGGCAUAAUGAAAAAAACGGUCUGUUUAGUUUUCUUGCUGGUAGCAGCGGUGGCUGCCAGCGAGAAGAAGUCAACAGAAAAGAAGGCGGAGCCCUUGGACAAGAAGUUGGACAAACGUGGUCUCCUGAACCUCGGCUACGGCUACGGCAUCAGCGGCUUAGACCUGGGCUACCUCGGCUCCGGCCACAGCCUCGGCGGCGCCUAUAACUUCGUUGACGAGGCGUCGCUCGCCCACUCCAGCUACGGGCCCAUCCUGGGAGGACACACCGACGUCACCAAGACCAUCACCCUGGUCAAGGGAUACCCGGUGCCCUACCCCGUCGAGAAGCACAUCCCCUACCCGGUCGAGAAGCAUGUCCCCUACCCCGUCAAGGUGCCCGUGCCGCAGCCCUAUGAGGUCGUCAAACACGUGCCAGUUCACGUGAAGGAGUACGUCAAGGUCCCAGUCCACGUCCCGGCUCCGUACCCAGUAGAGAAGAAGGUCCCCUACCCCGUGCACGUCCCCGUCGACAGGCCCUACCCCGUGAAGGUGCUCGUGCCCCAGCCCUACCCCGUGGAGAAGCACGUCCCGUACCCCGUGAAGGUGCCCGUCCCGCAGCCCUACCCCGUCGAGAAGCACGUGCCAUACCCCGUGGAAGUCAAGGUUCCCGUUCCCCAGCCCUACCCCGUGUACAAGCACGUCGGUUACCCCGUGAAGGUGCCCGUCGACAGGCCGUACCCCGUGCACGUGCCCGCCCCCUACCCCGUGGAGAAGCCCGUCCCCUACCCCGUGCCAGUUGAGAAGCCGGUGGCCGUGCCCGUGCACGUGCCCGUCGACAGGCCCUACCCCGUGCACGUGGAGAAGCCCGUCGCCUACCCCGUGAAGGUCCCAGUGCCAGAGCCCUACCCCGUGUACAAGCACGUUCCGUACGCGGUGGAGAAGCCGGUCCCGUACCCCGUGAAGGUGCCCGUGGACAGGCCCUACCCCGUGCACGUGGAGAAGCCCUACCCGGUGGCGGUCGAGAAGCCCGUGCCUUACCCCGUGAAGGUGCCGGUGCUGGUCGACGACCACCACUACGGCCACGGCGGCCACGACUACGCCCAGGAGUACAGCCACCUCAGUCUGGGCGGCAACCACUACAGCCACUGAGGCCAAAUAGGUUAAGAUCAUUCUCAAGUGUUCAUUAUAGAUCAGCAUUAUUUAUAUUGAGCUAGGAAGGCCCUGGGCCGGGACUAAGCGCAACUACUGAACCAUCUUAUUUCGCAUGUCUAUGUAUGUAUGUAUCAUGUAUAAAUAUUGUCAUCGUCAUGUAUGUGUUGAGCGUACGUGUACUUAGUGAUGUAAAAGGUUACCAACUCUUAGCUUUAAGUUUUUUAAAUGUGAUAAAAUUAAAUAAAUACAAUUAAUU